UUUUUGUUUCCCUCCAAUCCAACCCCCAAACACAACAUUUUCUCUCUCUCACUCCCUCACUCACUCUUCUUAUCCUUUUACUACACACGCACAACACACGCUCCCCAGAAAAACCAAAUUAUCCCUCUCUUCUCUUCUCUACUAUAAAAAUCACUUCUCAUUUCUUCUCAAAAUUCCUCACUAACAGAAAUCAAUUCAAACAAUUUCCCAAUUCCCACAAAACCCUAACCCUAUGGAACUUUCUCGACUCUCACUUUCCGACAACUACUUCUUCUUAUCCUCACCAAUCCACCGUUCUCCCCGGACUCGCCCACUCCCCGCGUUGCCCGCAUUCUUCACUACCCGCCGCCGCCGGAGAGGUUUAUGCUCCGCCUCAAACUCCGACACUCUAGUCGCCGCUGCCGCCAAGAAGCACGGAGACGAUGACACUGACUUGAAGACGUGGAUGCACAAGAAUGGCCUCCCUCCCUGUAAGGUUGUUCUCAAGGAUAAACCUUCGCUUGAUGAUAGUCUUAAGCCUAUACACUAUGUUGCUGCUAGCGAAGAUCUUCAGAAGGGAGAUGUUGCAUUCUCGAUUCCAAGCUCGUUGGUUGUCACUCUAGAGCGCGUCUUGGGAAACGAGACUAUAGCUGAGCUGUUGACCACAAACAAGUUUUCUGAAUUGGCAUGCUUGGCCUUGUAUCUGAUGUAUGAGAAAAAACAGGGAAAGAAAUCUUUCUGGUAUCCAUACAUUAGGGAGCUUGAUCGGCAACGAGGCAGGGGACAACUGGCAGUGGAAUCACCUCUUCUAUGGUCAGAAUCUGAGCUGGCAUACCUUGAAGGGAGUCCAUUAAAGGAUGAAAUUGUUAAAAGGAUUGAAGGAAUAAGAAAAGAGUAUAAUGAACUAGACUUAGUCUGGUUUAUGUCUGGUUCUCUCUUUCAGCAAUACCCAUAUGACAUUCCCACCGAGGCUUUUCCAUUUGAAAUUUUCAAACAAGCUUUCGCAGCAGUUCAGUCAUGUGUUGUGCAUUUACAGAAUGUUAGUUUAGCUCGGAGAUUUGCUCUGGUUCCCCUGGGACCUCCUUUGUUAGCCUACUGUAGCAAUUGCAGGGCGAUGUUAUCUGCGGUUGAUGGUGCUGUCGAGCUUGUGGUUGAUCGCCCCUAUAAAGCCGGGGACCCAAUUGUUGUGUGGUGUGGCCCACAGCCUAACACAAAGUUGCUUACAAACUAUGGUUUUGUUGAUGAUGACAAUUCCAAUGAUCGUCUCAUAGUUGAGGCGGCUUUGAGUACCGAAGAUCCACAAUAUCAAGAAAAAAGAAUUGUUGCUCAAAGAAAUGGAAAAUUAUCAAUUCAAACUUUUAAUGUGUAUACUGGGAAGGAAAAGGAAGCUGUCUUAGAUAUGAUUCCGUAUCUGCGUUUAGGAUAUGUUUCAGAUCCUUCUGAGAUGCAAUCUGUCAUCUCCUCUGAAGGUCCAGUUUGUCCUAUGAGCCCAUGUAUGGAGCGGGCCGUGCUGGACCAACUUGCUGAUUAUUUCAAUUCCCGGUUGGCUGCCUACCCUACAACCUUGGCUGACGAUGAAUCUAUGCUGGCAGAUGAUAGUUUAAAUCCAAAGAGGCGAGUUGCUACUCAACUUGUACGGCUAGAAAAGAAAAUGCUUCAUGCAUGUUUGCAGGCAAUCACGGAUUUCAUAAACCAGCUACCAGACCACAGUGUAUCGCCAUGCCCUGCUCCUUAUGCACCUUCAUUAAAAUAAAAGAAAGACAAUUUUGGAUUGGAGGAAAUCGGUUUUCUUUCAAAUACCCUAUGGAGCAAAGAAUAAAAAUGAGGUCCAGCAGCCUAUCACGAGUGGUGAGAAUUAAAGAACACAUUGGCAGGUCUGGUUCGGAGCAAGUUGGUGGGGAUGGGGCUCCGAUGAGAAGCCCCUAAUGACGGAGGGAGAGUAUCCUCUAUGCACUAACUUUUUUUUUUUUUCUUUUUGUACAGUUAUCUAUAUAUAUUUUUUAAAAUAAUACUCUUUAAUCCUAUUUAUAAGAGAAAGUUUAUUUUUCAGAUUUAUUGAAUAAUCAAUAUAUUUGAUUUAUAUAAUAGACUAGAUACACUAAUUAUUCAAUUAAUUUAAAA